UUGCCACACAUUGAACUGAACAUAUCUGUCUCUGUUCAUGAAUAUGUGGAUUUUGUCAUCAUUCGUUUACAAUGUGUUUACGCUCCUGACGCAGAGGAUAUAUACUGUCAUGAUGCUCAACGUAUGAUGAGUGAAGGGCAGUGCUUCCUUUCUACUUUGGAUAUUCUUGUUUUCGUGUAUUUGGCUUAUCACAGUAUCUGGUCAAUGUUACGGUAUCUCCUCAAAAUUGUCGGUAUGUUCUUGGUAUUUGCUGUUGGCCAUUUUUUGAAGAAUAGUGCAAUCAGUUCAACUCUUCUAAUCACGUCACCGUCAGAUGUUCAGUUGUAUCCAGCUAUCGCUGAGUAUUAUGCGAAUGAGGUAGCAGUUCUCAUCAUACGGAAGGAAGAUUCCUGCGUGUUCUAUACUGCUAUCUUAACAUUCCAGGGUAAUGCUGAUCUAGAGCUGUCUCCUUUGCUCAUUAUUGAUUUCAGUGAUGAGGACGGGGUUUGGCUUCGUGUAGGAGGACCUGCUUCGCAAAAGUCUAGGGUUAUUACUAUCUCUAUAUUCGGACGUGAUGAUGGUGUUCUUCAUCCACUGCAUACUUUCAGUAUCACUCAUCCUGCUACUGGGUUAAAGGUAAGUCCAAGUGAAUUGUAAGG